GUUUACAAUGCACGAGAAAUAUUACGAUGAUGUUACCACAUUUCUGGGAGAAUGGGGACCUUUUCAAAAACUGAUUAUGUUACUCCUCUGUAUAAGCGUAAUUCCUAACGGGUUGUCAGGUUUGUGCAUCGUGUUCCUCGCUGGCACGCCUCCGCACCACUGCUUGAUACCCCCAAACGCCAAUAUUAGCGCCGAAUGGAGAAGCUAUUCUAUUCCGCUGGAAGAAGAUGAUGGGGUGAUGCGAUACAGCAAAUGCACCCGAUACAAACUGGACGUAAUAACGCGUCUUUCAGACAACGGAUCCGUGCCUGGAAUCGACGUGAAUGUCACUGAAAUAGAACAAGAAGUCUGUAAGGAUGGGUGGGAAUACGACAGGGAAAUGUACGCCUCAACUAUCGUGACAGAGUGGGAUCUGGUGUGUAGUGAUGCAUGGAAGGUCCCCAUGACCACCUCCAUGUUUUUCAUUGGCGUGUUAACUGGAUCCUUCAUUUCUGGACAACUGUCUGACAGGUUUGGGAGGAAAAUCAUUCUGUUUGUAACAAUGGGAGUUCAGACUUUGUUCACAUUCUUCCAGAUUUUCUCCACAUCCUGGUUUAUGUUCUCUGCACUUUUCUUUUUAGUUGGGAUGGGACAAAUUUCUAACUAUGUGGCAGCAUUUGUCCUAGGCACAGAGAUUUUGAGUCCGAACAUCCGGGUCAUAUACUCCACUGUGGGAGUGUGCUUGUGUUUUUCCACUGGCUACAUGAUGAUUCCCCUGAUGGCCUUCUUCAUCAGAGACUGGAGAAUGCUGCUUAUUGCCAUAGCUGUGCCAGGAGUUUUCUAUUUCCCCCUGUGGAGGUUCAUCCCGGAGUCCCCCCGAUGGCUUCUCUCUCAGGGCCGGGUGGAGGAGGCAGAGGCCAUUUUGAGAGGUGCUGCCAAGAAGAACAGAGUCACGGCCCCGGAGGUCAUCUUUCAGACUCACCAGGUAGAAAACAAGCUGAAAAAAAGGAACCACCACAACAUCUGUGAUCUGGUGAAGUCCAGCAACAUCCGCUGGAUCACGGUCAUGCUGAGCUGCGUGUGGAUGGUAAUCUCCAUUGGGUACUUUGCCUUAUCGUUGAACACCUCCAAUCUGUACGGAGACCGCUUUCUCAACUUUUUCUUCUCGGCGGCCGUGGAAGUCCCGGCCUACAUUUUGGCCUGGCCCCUAUUUCGCUCGUACCCAAGGCGAUUGUGCCUCUUCGCCAUGCUGUUCCUGGGUGGAGUGGUACUACUGCUCACACAGCUCAUACCAAAAGAUCUGAGUUCAGUGUCUAUCGCACUGGAGAUGAUGGGGAAAUUUGGGGUCACAGUGGCUUUCAGUAUCGUGUACCCCUACACGGCGGAGCUGUACCCCACGGUCCUGAGGAACACCGCAGUGUGUGCCUGUUCCAUGGCCUCUCGGCUGGGCAGCAUUGCUGCCCCCUACUUCGUCUAUCUGGGAACAUAUUACAAGUCCUUGCCAUACUUAUUGAUGGGGAGCUUCAGUGUUUUGGGGGGGUUGGUUAGCCUCAUGCUUCCUGAGACCUAUGGUAUGCCUCUCCCAGAGACCAUCGAUCACAUGCAGACUAUUCAAAGAUGUAAAAAGAGACAAACAUCAAAUGAUUUAUCCAGUGAAUCUUCACCGACGGAGAAUGUCUCAAUGUUGUGAUGACUGGAUUACGCUAAGAUUUUGGAUAUUGGGUUAUAUAAAGAUUGAGAUAUUACUUCUUAAACAUCUAACAUGUGCUGAUUGGUGUAAUCAUUUGUGAUAAUUUUACACUGUCUUGAUAUUAAUUUAUAAUAUAUUGUAUUUAGCUAUUAGUAUUGGGUGCAUUACUCGGAUUAUCUCUUUGAAGUGUUAUUAUGUUUAGUUUUUAUGUCUAUAUAAAAUGUAAAGCGAUGUGUUCACCAAAGUGUUACUGAAAAUAUGUGUAUAAUCAAAAAAAAACUAACUAAAAACUAUUUGUAAAUCAUGUGGCAGUAAAGACCAUGUGAUAAAUGAUCGCAAAUAAAUCAUUUAUAUGGCUAGUGGAAAAAUAAACCAACACAUCAUGCCUUA